AUGGCUGACUUUUCGCAAUAUACCGGCCCCAGUGCGGACUGGGUAGCUCUUGAGCCUACAUUACCGGCUAUGCCCAAUGUCGGUCUCGAGGAGUUAAAGCAGAUCGUCAAUAAAGGCCGAGAGGAUAUUGCCGCUCAGGGCAUCGCCGAUCAAGGCCUAGCUUCCAAGGUGCAUACCAAGGACUUCAAAAUCCCUGCCCGCGACGGAUAUGUUCUCGAAGCGCGAUCUUACCGUCCAGCGAACGUCUCCCAUUCCCAUGCCCUUCCCGUCUACAUCCAUCUCCACGGUGGUGGAUAUCUCUUCGGAACCCUCGGUUCAGAAGAUGCAAUUUGCUCUCGAAUCGUCGCGGACCAACUCGAGAAGAAUUUUCCCCUCGUUGUCUUCAAUAUCAACUACCGACACACUCCCGAAUAUAAAUACCCCACCGCGUGGAACGAUGUUGAGGACGCCUUCGUCUGGUUCCACGAAAACAUCGCCGAGGUCGGCGGACGCGGGGAGAGGUCGUGGUCGGGGGUCCUGAUGAUCCCUUGCCUCGUCCAGCUGGAUUAUUAUGCCCCGCGACAAGAUAAAUUGCGCAGUCCGGAACUAUCGAGUCUAGUAGGCUGUGCCAAUGCGCCGAUCCUACCAAUUGACAGAAUCAAGCUUUUCGGGUCUCUGCUGGAUGUCAAUAAAGAUGAAAACACCGGCGAUGACCGCAGACUUAAUCCCGGAAAUGCCACCGCGGAAGAAGUGAAAGAACUUCCUCCGACGGUUUUUGGUAUUGCUGGAAACGAUCCUCUUCGCGAUGAGGGUCUUUUCUACGCGCAGCUUCUGAAUGAGAAUGGGGUGCCUACUGAUGUCCAUGUCUUCCCUGGCGUUCCUCAUGGAUUCCGUCGGUACGGCGACAAGUUGGCUGCUUCGAGUAAGAGGUGGGAUGAGGUUAUGACUAAUGGUAUUUCUUGGGCGUUGUCUAGCCCCGAGGUUGGCUCUUUUGAGAUCAAGGCAGAAUGA